AUGACAGACGAAACCGGAUCCACCCAUGCUGGCGAUACCACACCAGACAGAUCGUUUCGAGUGAAACUCUACAAGCUUGAUUCCGAGGGUACUUGGGAAGAUCAAGGCACCGGCUAUUGUAUUUACAAAACGGGAGACGAGGAUGAGCCUGAUGAGAUCUUUGUGCGCUCCGAGCGAGACGAGACGACGUUACUCAAGUCCAAGAUAUUGGAUCUCAAGGAGUAUCACCGUCAACAAGAAACCUUGAUUGUUUGGACAGAGGGAGCACAUGUCGAUUUGGCUUUAAGCUUUCAAGAAGCUGAUGGAUGUGAGCAUAUUUGGCAACGGAUACAAGAAAAACAUGAGAACGGUCAACAACUUCCACCUGCCAUCUCUGCCGAUUCGGAUACGGAGGAUACACCACCAAUUAGAGAAUCUCAUGAACCUGACGUGCUACCUCCACCCGAGCUAUCGAAUCUAUCACAAAUCGCGGAUAUCUUGUCAAAUGCGAAGACGAUACAAGAAAAGGAUCGAUUAGCAUCAUUCAUCGUCCCUGAGAGCUACGUCGACAAACUUAUCCCAUUGUUCAAAACAUGCGAAGAUUUGGAGAGCAUCGAUGAUCUACACAAACUCUAUACUAUCAUGAAAGCAAUAAUUAUGCUGAACGACAAUACCAUUGUUGAACACAUCAUUCACGACGACAUAUACAUGGAUGUAAUGGGAAUGCUAGAAUAUAAUCCUGACACACCCAACACGCGCACAAAACAUAGGGCCUUUUUGGAAAAAUGCGCAGAGAUCAAGCCUGUUGUACCAAUCAAAGACGAGGUCAUCAUAUCCAAACUUCACCAGAAUCUUCGCCUCAAAUAUAUCAAGGAAUGCGUUUUCGCCAACGAAGUCGACGAUUCUUUGAAUUCGAUUGUACAUUCAUUGACAUUUUUCAACCAUAUCGAUAUCGUCAGCAGUAUCCAACACGACAGUGAGCUUUUAUCUUCAGUAUUCGAUAUCUUCAGAGAUGAGGAGAAUAGCACCACUGAGAGGAAAACGGAAGGAGCCAAGUUUAUUUUGCAAUUUUGUUCUAUGGCAAAAUGCUUGCAGGCAGCACAUAGAGCUGGUUUAUACAGAGAAUUGGCACCUCAAGGGCUGUUCAACGUGCUUGCAUUUGCUUUGGGAGCUGAGGAAGCACAUCUUCGUGGAUCAGGAGUCAAUGUGCUUAUGGGAAUGGUGGAGCUCGACGUUUCGUUUAUUCGUACACAACUUACGGCUCGAAUCAAAAAGGAUGGCGCUGAAAAGUCUCUGAUGGCAAUCAUUCUCGACCAAUUCACCAAACAACACGACCCACUCCUCAAGACACAAUAUGUGGAAAUCGUUCGCCUGUUACUGGAUCUCGGUGGUGGACCUGUAUUGGGCAAUCCCAUGACAACAGAUACCAUUCGCAAGACUGAUCCGGAAGCCGAGGAGUUCCUUACCCUAUUCUACGACAAUUAUGGCGAUGACUUUUUGCGGCCACUUGCGGCUCUCGAUAAGAAGCCAAUGAAGCUGGAUGGUCCCAUUGAAAUCCUCACGCUCUCCCAAGAACAAGCCGAUCUUUGCGUUCAUAUUUGUGAUCUAUUGUGCUUCGCAAUUCGUCAACACAGCUUCAGGAGCAAAUACCUCGUUCACUCAACCGAUUGCUUGAGCAAAAUUUUGCAACUCUAUCGAUGCAAUCGAGGAUACGUCAAAUUAGCUGCAUUACGAUUCUUCCGUGCAUGUGUUGGUGUGAUGGAUGGCUUUUACAACCAAAACCUGAUAAAGCAAAACGUAUUUGAACCGACUAUCAGGGUAUUACUCGACACGGAUGGACGCAACAACUUGUUGAAUUCAGCUUGCAUUGAGAUCCUCGAGUUUAUUCGCAAGGAGAAUAUCAAACCGCUAGUUUCCCAUCUCGUGACACAAUAUGGCAAAGUGCUGGACACUGUCAAUUAUACAGGAGUUUGCAAAGCUUUACGAUUACGAUAUGAUCAGAACAUAGAGAUGCAAGAGACCAAAACCGAGUCUGACAAUGCAAGCGUAAAUAGCCAACGUGGACCUGGACUUGGUGGAUGGUCAUCUUCAACUGUGGAUGAUGAUGAGGAAGAAUACUUUAAUAAUUCUGGAGAUGAAGAAGAGGAAACGCCAUCAUCACCUGGUGCUACCAAACCCGAGGAGCAACAACAACAACAACAACCUACUUCAACUUCUUCGACGUCUUCGACUCCAAAGCCAUUGGUGGAUUAUGAUGAUGAUGAGGAAGACGAGGAUGAUGUCCCUGAUAAUUCAACAACUCAAGCUGAAGACAAAGCAAGUAAUCAAGAUGAAUCGACCGUGCCUGAUGAAUCAUCCAAAAAGGUCCCAACUGAAGAGGAUGCGACGAAUGAGCCGCCAAAAGAAAAUGCUGUGCCAUCAUCUGAUACACCUAUUCCCGAUCGAACACCAUCUCCAACACCUCCAUCCCCCUCAGCGUCACUCUCAUCCGACACCAAUGAUGAUAAUUUGCCAACUUUAAGAAGGCGGCGGAAACAUGAUGAUGAUGGCGAUGAAGAUGAUGAUGUACUUGCAGCAAAAGCAUCCAAAGCCAGGAAAACAAGAUCACCCAUCAACAAACAACAACGUAAAAUCAUUAUUAAUCCUCAAACCCGAAAGUUACGAUCAAACACGACGAAUCAGUCAGAAUAA